AUGGCUAUCGUCAGCUCUCUAGCAGGACUAUGUCUCGCAGCUAUAAUUUCUGCAUUUGUAUUCCGAUAUUCUUCAUCUUAUUCAGUUUCUGGCGUGCGAAUUCCUCUCGGUUCGAAGCUGCCGCGCGGUCCUAAAGGCGUCCCAAUUCUGGGAAAUCUGCCUCAGGUGCCUCUUACACACUCAUGGCUAAAAUUCAAGGAAUGGGCAGGUCAGUAUGGCCCGCUCUACAGCCUUUCUCUGGCAGGCAACCGUCACGUCGUUGUGUCUACCGAGAGAAUCGCCAACGAUCUCCUGCGGGGACGAGGCAACAUUUACUCCAGCCGGCCGUAUUUGCCCAUGAGCUCCGGGCUCCUCAGCCACAACUUGCGCCCUGUUUUGCUCCCGUACAACGAUCUCUGGCGCAAAGGACGUAAGCUGAUGCACAGUCUCGCGUCGGAAUCCGUCGCGCCGGCAUACGAGCCAGUUCAGCUGCGUGAAUCUUUCCGGCUGUUGAAAGACCUAUUAGCAGACCCAAACAAUUACGAGACGUGGUUUGAGCGCUUAUCAGCCGGUGUUGUUCUUCAGCUGGCGUAUGGCAAAACAGUCGAGACUGGCGACGAGCCAAUCGUGAGAGACAUUCUGGAGGUCGUGCAUACCCUUGAGCGAGUCAUCUCUCCAGGCGCAUACUUGGUCGAUACGUUUCCUGCUCUGAUGUGGCUUCCAAAAUGGCUGGCCCCAUUCAAACGCGAAGGAGACCGCCUGCAUAAACGAGAGUUGAAUCUGUUUCGCAAGAACAUCGAAGACGUUCGGGCUGAGAUUGCCAACGGGGACCAGACGCCCUCUUUCUGCAGAAGCUGGCUUGAAAAGGAACCUUCUUUCGGCUUGAAUACGGAUGAGGCGGCAUAUGUGAUUGGCACCAUGUUUGAAGCGGGUGCAGGCACUACAGCUGCUGCUCUGAUGUCUUUUAUGCUGGCCAUGGUGCAUCAUCCCGAAUGGCAGCGGCGUCUGCAGCAGGAAAUCGACGCCGUAGUCGGAAACUCACGUCUCCCUAACUUUGACGAUAUACCUCGCCUCCCAACAGUACGGGCAAUUGUCAAGGAAACCUUGCGGUGGAGGCCAGUCACUGCCGGCGGUGUGCCGCAUCAACUCAUCAAGGACGACGUCUAUGAAGGCGUUUUUCUUCCAGCGGGAACGAGCAUUCACCCAAAUCAAUGGGCGAUCCAUCGAGAUCCUUCUCUCUAUCCAGAUCCAGAGAAUUUCCGCCCCGAGCGCUGGCUGGAGCCCUCUUGGCCGACGUACCGCGAGCCUUUGACCCAGUUUCCGAAUCUCCAAAAUUUCAGCGCCUUUGGAUUCGGUAGGCGUAUUUGUCCAGGCCAAGCCAUUGCAGAACGAAGCUUGAACAUUGCAGCUGCUCGUGUCGGCUGGGGUUGCACGGUUUCGAAAAUGAAGGGCGUCGAGGUUCCGUUGUACGACUAUACGGCUGGCCUUAAUGUGCAGCCUAAGAGGUUCCUUUUUGAGCUGGAAGCGAGGGGAGAUCACAUCAUGAGGCUGCUAAGAGAGAAUGUCUAA